AUGGUGUUAAUGAAAAACUGUUCGGCUAAUGAUACAGCAUGUAACGCCGAGAAAAUACAAAUUAUACGCGAGAAUCAGUUUAUUGUUCAACAAUUUGAUGCAUUUGCAAAAAUACCAAGCGGUUUAAUGAAUCUUCCUAUUGUAUGGCAAGGUUCAUAUGAAGAAUGCUCAAGUGUUGAAAGUCCCUACAAAAAUUAUACUACGCAGUUUUGUUGGAUAAAUAUGGCAAUUGAUACAACACUGAUCACUGGAGAAAAAAAUGUAACUUAUGUGGAGACGAUACAGGUUCCAGUCUUAAAGUUCUGCAGCGCAACUUGUCGGUCACCAGAUCCACCAAAAAAAAAUGCUUGGUUUUGGAUAGUGUUGUUGAAAGUUAAGAUAUUUUUCGGAUUUUCAGGCAUCCCAGUGCUACUAACUUUUUCAAUGUACACCAAUGGAGCUGAAAUCUUAAGUACAGUGAAACGACCCGGACAGAUAGAUUGUAUUCACUGUCUGAGAACUGUUUCUAUGACGUGGGUAUUAGUUGCUCAUGUAAUUACCAAAUACGCUUAUGGAGAUAACCCGACCGGAUUAUUAAGUUCUGCGAAGUAUAUUUUGAAUGACGCCGUCUUCAAUGGCUUCCCGUCUGUAGACACAUUCUUCUUCAUCACUGGUGUAUUAUCGGCAUAUUUAUUUUACAAGGAAAUGGAGAGACAUCCAAGAAGUUUGAAAAGUCCCGUGUACUGGACAUUAUACUACGUUCACAGAAUACUCAGGCUAAGUCCACCUUACUGGUUAUUUUUGGGUUUUUAUGUAGUGCUGUAUCCUUACUACACACGAGGUCCGAUGGUUCCAACUGACAUCGAACCGUGCAAAAAAUAUUGGUGGCGUAAUCUUCUGUACAUUCAAAUCUUCUUUAAAUCGGAGGAUCUGUGUAUGGGUCAUACAUGGUAUUUAUCAACCGAUAUGUUUCACCACAUAUUUGCUCCGCUGUUGUUAGUACCAUUAUGCUUAUCAAAAGUAGCGGGUGUUGUUUCAGCCGCAUUACUUAUUGCAAUGAGUAUCGGUGCUACUUAUGGAACCUAUUACAAGUACGAUCUAGCAUCUAAUUUUUUUAGCGGUGGAGGUCAAGACAUGGAGAAAUUUUAUUUAUUUUUCCGUUACAUUUACGGAGUACCAUGGGUACGAUGCACACCAAUGAUUAUUGGCAUAUUAACUGGAUAUCUGCUACAAAAACUGCAAAAGCGAAAAAUUCGCAUACACUGGUUUAUCGCUAUAUCUUUAUGGUUGUUCUCCUUAGUUUUGGCAGCUGUUUGUGUCUACGCUUUGUAUGAUGCACUUCGUGGCAAAACGCACUUGAGCACUGCAGAAGCGGCUAGUUAUUACGUAUUUCAUCGCAUCGGUUGGGCAUUGUCAUUGGCAUGGGUCGUCUUCGCGUGUCAGUUCAACCUAGCUGGACCUAUAAAAAACUUUAUGGAACUGAGCUUCUGGAUGCCGUUCUCUCGAUUAACAUACACAGCUUAUCUUGUACACUUUUCACUAAUUGAUGUUAUCAUGGCGGUAAGUCCAGUUUUGACGUCGUAUAAAGUACCUGACAUCGUGACUUUUGUUCUUGCAUUUGUGUGGAGUUGCGCGUUUGAAAUACCGUUUGGUAAACUUGAAAAGAUGGCUACAGCCGCGCUUGUUAAAGGAAGACUUCAGCGCCCCCCUAAAGAAAAACAAAUAGUUUUGAUUUCUUACCUCAAAAACGACCAAGCUUUCGCCGUUCUAUUGGUCUGA